CUGUAGGCAUAUAGUCUGAUGAUGAUGUAGGGACGUGAUUGUGUCAUCAACACGAAUCUGUGGAGUUGUCACAAAUCUCCUGCUUCUUUUUUUUUUCGAUCUCCUUCAAUACUCUGGUAACCAUAAAGAGGGACAAAAAUAUCGCCAGUCGCUUGGAGGGUUUUUGCACGGCUCGCGAAGGAGGAAGUCUAACAGGGGAAAAUCGUCAGCGGGUGAUAAAUAACCUCCUUUGCAUCCUCCUGCCUUGACAUUAAUAAUCUUGCCAUCUUUAAGGGCACUUCAACCGAAGAAACCUGUUGGUAGAAGACAGAGGUGUACUGGUACAUGCUAUACACAAAUGUGCCAUAUUAAGAUGAGUGGAAAUUGAGAAGAAAAUCACAGAACCAGUUCCAGGAUCGAUCACCUGCCAGGUUAACCUGAUACACGUACACGAUUACAGAGUCUACUAGCUAUUGCCUCCACUGCCUCUGCAUAUCAGCAGAGCUCUUUACAAAUAUUCAGCCCGCCGUACAUGUACAUCUGCCGUUUGCACAUUGCCGCACACAGCCUCAACGUUGCAGACUGAAUUACUUCUUCCUCUUCUGUGUGGCUGAGAGGGACGGGAAAACCGUGCGUUCAUCGAUGCUGAAGCCAGAGAGAUGAAGACAAGCCUGAUGAGAUGAGCCGCUCUGCUCUGCCGUGAUUUGGAAAUACGUGGAAGUCAGUGCAGGCUCAGUCUGUCGUGGGCACCGUCGCAUCACCAGGGGAAUUCAUUCCACUUGGGAAACCGACGGACAAUCAACGUUGUCCGGCAAAUUCUGCUCACAGCACGUAUUGGCAAUGGGUACAUGUACCGGUACAUGCACAUGUGCCUGUAUAUAACGAAGAUGGUUCUAUGAGCUUGCCAGCUGGAUAUUGUUUUGUACGUACAGGUACAUAGAAGAAGUUGAAGCUGAAAGCAGUUUCUCACAGUGCGAAUCCAACAAGGAGAAAUCAGUUGUUUCUUUUUUGGAGGAGGAAAUAAUGGUGAAGAGGUGACUGUGCUGUUGUGAUAAGAGAAUGAGAUGUACAUGUACACCAGGUGUGAGUUUCUCAGUGUGCCUGCUGUCUCUGCAAACAUGGCUACAGCCCAGGGGGUCAAGCGGUCCCUGCUAGCCUAGUGGGACAGCGUGCUGUGAUGUGUAGAGUCAACUUGGUGAACUAGAUCGAGGACUGACUUGAGGAAUUGGUGGCUCUUAACAAAGUGCACUAGCUGGUCUCCUGCACUUCCGCUGGUAAAAUUUCUGGGUUUUUUUGGAAGGGGAGUGGAGCAGUUUGGCAUAGAAAAUGGGCCAUUACUUUAUCUACGGCAGAUUGCUGCUGUCAUGUUUGUGUUUGGUUGCGUAUACUGGACUCACUGGUGCCCUGUACUAUGAAGGUACAGUGGAUACAUAUACACAAUAUGAGCGAUGGAAUACCUCUGUUAAUGGAACUCUCCGAUUCCAAUUCAAGUCCAGACAGUCAAAUGUUUUGUUGGCAUAUGCCGAUGACAUGAAGCGAGUGGAUUUCAUGGAAAUAGCAAUGGAGGAUGGUAAUCUCCUUUUGCACAUGAGAAUCAACAACAAGGCAAGGACCCUCAUUGUUGGGGAUAACCUGGACGAUGGAGAGUGGCAUACCGUAGAAGUGAUAAGAAACAACCCCAGAAAAUUUACUUUCAAAGUGGACGGUGACGAAAGAUCAGGAUCAAUGGAUGGAGAGAUCAUUGAACUGCCAACACAAACAGAUUUCUUCUUUGGUGGGAUCCCACGUCAGGUGCGGCGGUCACACUUAGCCAAGCCGGAGGCCCGGGCGCGGACGCACUUGAAGGGCCACAUACGCAACAUCGCGUACCUGGUGCAGGCCCGCCCCAAUCGCUGGCGCCGUCCUGAGCAGCUUGCCUCUAACAAUGUCCAGGAGGACUUCUCGGAUCUGUGCAGCACCAACGACCCCUGCAAGAAUGGCGGGCUGUGCGUGAGCGAGGACACCCAGUCGCGCUGCGAAUGCGAUGGCACAGGUUUCGUGGGCGAAAUCUGCGAGGAAGAAUUUACGCCUGCACCUCAAUCGCAAUCUGAUGAAGUUCCAGAAGAGAGAGAGGAAACGGCAAUCACUGCCACAUUUGACGGCACCUCGUACAUCAGCUACAGUCUAGCCCUGGAGGAGAUCAACACACUACAAGACGAUGUGAUCUUUGACUUCCGUACCCAGCACCCAAACGGCCUACUGCUGUAUGUCGGCCACGAAUCGGACUUCAUCUACGUAGCACUGGUCAACGGCCUUCUGGAGGUAGCCAUCAACCUCGGCUCUGGGGAGUACCGGCAUAGUAUUCAGCCCAGACGGGAGAUGGAUGUCUUCACGGACAACAACUGGCACAAAGUCCGCAUCUCCAGGACCAGAGGAGACGUCAGAGUUCGUGUUGAUGGGAGCCUCCUAGCCUCGGGGUCAGCGGGUGGCAAUUUUGGACGGCUGACGGUCGGCAAUGAGUUCUACGUUGGAGGAAGUCCCAAUCCAGCUACACUGAGCGGCUCACGUGUUGGUGAAAACUUCCGUGGCAACCUGCGUGAUGUGAGUUACUAUGGCAACAUAGAGAUGGAGCUGCUGGAGAAGGCGUCUCGGUCCGAUCCGUUAAUCUACAUACAGGGUGACAUCAUCUUCAGGGAGGAGACGGUACAGGGCAUUGACCCCAUCACAUUCCUGACGGAGGAAUCUCUACUGAGGUUACCACGCUGGAAUGCCGAGUCUAAAGGGUCCCUCUCUUUUGACUUCCGGACCAAUGAGCCCAAUGCCGUCAUCAUGUAUAGCAGUGGCUCUGACGAGAUGUCCGACUUCCUAGCUUUUGAGCUGCUGGAGGGAUACCUCUACGUCAUUCUCGAUCUGGGAUCUGGUCCGGUCCGAGAGAAAGCCUACACCUUUCCGCUCAACGACGGGGAAUGGCAUCAUGUGGUCUUUGAACGGGACCUAGCCAUCGGCAUCAUAAAUGUGGGCUCGUCCACGUCCCACAAGUUUGAAGUGCCGGGCCACAACGACAAGCUCAACCUGGAGAUGGACCUGAUUGUGGGCGGCAUCGAGCCCAGCCUGGCCUUGCCGUUGGAACUCUUCUCGGGUGCCCUGCGGCAAGGCUAUGUGGGCUGCAUCCGCAACAUGGCCAUGAACGGCGAGACACUGGACCUGCCGCAGUACGUUGAGGAGCAGUCGGAGGACGGCAACAUUGUCCGGUUCUGCCGGGAAGAGGACCCGUUGUGUACUAGCGACCCCUGCCAGCAUGGCGGCUCCUGUCGGGAGGGCUGGAACCGCUUCAUCUGUGACUGUCGUAAGACAGGUUACAGUGGGGAAACAUGCAAAGAUGAGGUCGCACGGCUGGCUUUCAAUGGCAACCAGUCCAUGCGCAUCACCCUCAGGGAAACCACACGCAGCAAAGUGGAGGAAAUCUUCCUGCGCUUUCGCACCAGCCACCCGGAUGGCAUGCUCAUAGCGACGACCUCCGACACCAUCAUUGACAUCUUGCUGGCUGAGCUGUCCCACGGAGAGGUCCGGGUCACAGCCAACUUUGGCACAGGCAGCACGACAAUAACAGCUGGCACCAAUCUGGACGACAAUCAGUGGCAUUCGUUCAGUAUAGAAAGGCAUGACAGAACUUUACGCCUAACAGUGGAUGAUUCUGACAAAGCAGAAGCUUAUAAUGUAUCCAGCCGAGCCGGGGACGACUUUGAAAGCGGCACCCUUGACUUCCGCUACAUUGAUGUGGGGAGUCUGCUUAGCCGGCCGCACCUCACCAGCAGCAUCGACCGGCCCCCCAACUUCCAGGGCCACAUGGAGCAGUUCAUCUACAACAACCACCACUACUUCGACCUGGCUCGUGAGGAGAUGCCCGACUUCAUCGAAAACACCGCCAGCUUUGGCGAGCAGAUGAGCCGACGUCCCAUCCACGAUCCCUUCACCUUUCACACCCCGGAGGUUCUGGUGCAGCUGCCCCAAAUCAAGACCUACCCCAGCUUGUCCAUCUUCUUCCAGUUCAAGACCACGGUGGCGGAUGGUUUGAUCUUCUACACUGAGGGAGAGCUGGACUUCCUGGCCAUCGAGCUGGUGGACGGAUUCAUCUACUAUACAUUCAAUCUGGGCGGAGGGGCCAAGACUUUACGGGGAAACAGUCGAGAACGGCUCAACGACAAUCGCUGGCACGAGGUGGGCAUUUCCCAUGAUAGCCGCGACCGCCAGGUCCUCAAGGUGGACUCGCGGUCUGCACGGUCACGGUCCACGAUGGACGCCAAUCAUUUCGACUUCACAGAGAACCUGUUUGUGGGCGGGAAGGAGACCUUUGAGUUUCUGCCCGAGAAGGUCCAAGCGACCCAAGGUUACCAGGGAUGUCUAGCUUCUCUGGAGAUAAACGGAAGACAUGAGGACCUAAUGGAGACGGCCGUAAGCAUGGAAUUAAAGGAGGAACUAACAAGAGGAUGCGAAGACAAGCGCGAGUUGUGUAUCGAUCACCUGUGCAACUUUGGUGGCAUCUGUGUCCCUGGUUUUGAUACUUAUACCUGUGACUGCCGAAGGACAAGUUUCACCGGACAGUAUUGCAGUAACGUGAGUAUUGGCUACCAGUUUGGUGAGUCAGGUGGACUCAUCUCACUGGAGUUGCCCAAGGACCAGUGGCUGCGAUCGGACAGGGACAGUCUCAGCUUGGGCUUUGUCGCAGAGUCACAGGACGGCAUACUCACCCACAUCAGCAGUGCCAACUCCCAUGAUUACAUUGAAAUGAAACUGCUCCACGGCCACUUGUUCGUCAGGUACAACUUUGGUGCUGAAGACCAUGUUAUUGGAGAGAAGACAUAUCGGGUCAAUGACGGGCGGUACCACACGGUGCAGUUUACACGUCGAGGAGAGAACUCCACACUGCAGGUGGACUUCUACCCAAAGGUGGAGCUGUUUCAAAACUACGGAAGAAAGGGAGGAGCAAGCUAUUUUGAUGCCCAAUCAAAGAUCAAUAUCGGUGCCACAAGUUCCCCAUUCAGACGGAAACGGCGAGCAAUCAUGUACCCCUUCCAAGGUGUCGUCGCUGGCCUGGCGUACAACGACCUUCGGAUAUUGGACAUGGCUGCAUCUGGUGACGAACGCAUCACAUUUGAUGGCGAUGUGUCUCUGGCGUCUCCCUAUGCCAUCUGGGAGUAUGUGACGGAGCCCUUUCCAACGGUGUCGCUGACCACUGCCAACGUCACGGACAAACCAGCUGAGCCAGGCGUUCCUGAACCGGAGCCUUCUCCCCAUGUCAGCGGUAACAAGACACUGACUGGACCAACCAAGAUGAUAAUGUCGACAGCAACCACUGAUGGUGAUAUUGACUUUGGCACCGACCCUGAUAAUAUCUUUGUGACGCAGUCUGGGUGUGGCUCCGUUGAUGACGAGGACUGUCAGAUAGCAUCGGUAACCAAAGGAGAUGGUGCAAUAUUCACUCCAGUCGAUGAGAUGGAGUCCACCUCAGCACCGAGUGAGACCACACCCAGUCCAAGCACUGCUGUCCCGAUCACGACCACUCCAUCUCCCAAGACCUCGUUGAUGGACAGCACGGCUGCCGCCGGCUACUCGGGGAGCUUGUGCGACAUCCUGGGUAACCCUGGGUGCCUUUCUGGGGAUGCCACACCCAGCCCGGCCCCAGACUUCAACUUCACCACCUUCAAGAGCAGCCCGGCAGCCACUCCACCCCCGGUACCUCCCAAGACCACACGGAGAGCCGUGCCACCCACUCAUAAACCCACCAUCGGUUCUGUCCAGCCGGAGGAGGCGACAGGAGACGGGCUGGGCUUCCUUGGCCAGACCUGGUUGGUCAUCGGCCUGGUGGCCGCCGGUGCUCUUAUAUUUCUCCUGCUGGUCAUCAUUUUGUACAAGUUUAGGAACAGAAACGAGGGCUCCUAUCACAUCAACGAGAGCAGGAAUUACAGCGUUAGUGAUGCUACUCGCACAGCGUUACUGCCAUCGCAACAAGCUGCUCAACAGCCCAACACCAACGGUACACUGCCGACCAAACCAAUCAAACCUAAACUCCCCCCAGAGUAUGCAACUAAAGAAUGGUACGUCUGAUGUUUACCGUUACAUCUUCACAACUCAGAAAUUCAAAGUGAACUUUUUUUUACUAAGUUGUAUGCAUUGAUGUAACAUAAAGAGGAUUGGCAAAUGUUAUUUGUCACCAUUCGAGUUCACCUUUUUUUUUUAUACAAUACAAAGUGGGAGGGGUUAGUUUUUGUAGAUUCUUGAGUGGUUGUAUUAUGUGUUCCACGAAAGACAGAUAAAAUAUAAAUUGGAAAUAGGAUAGAGUUUCUAUUGGUGAGUAGAUUAUAUUAAAUACUUGCCACUUACCGGGUUAUAAUAAUGUGACUGUAAUUUUUUGUGUAACUUUGAAUUCCUAUCCGCAGAUAUGUUUUCCUUUGUGCUAUCCUGGAAUGGCUGUAUCACCAGCUUUUUCAACUGUACAGUUUAUUUGUUGUUUAGAAAUGCAGUUUUUGUCCAUGGGGGGUCCUUAGAAGCACUUUCAAGUCAUUCCUUACCGAUGAUGGUUUGUUUUUAUGCCGAAAACUUAUAUUCCUAAAAAGUGGACAACUUUUGAAUGUGGAAAUACUUGUUUCCCUGAUGAUCUCGUUUCUGGCUUCAUAAUGGCUUGAUGUGCUUGGAAUAUAACUCACUUUGAAUUUCAACUUGAGUAACCUCUGAUGCAAACAUUGUUUUUGCCACACAAUUUGCAUUUGGAUUCAUGCCAGCAGGGCACGAAGUGGAGUGAUUACUAGAGGUGAUAGAUUUUAACAAAGCAAUUUUCUGUAUCUGUUGGAUUUUCUUGCAGUUACUUCUAUUCGAUUGUGCCAAUGUUUGUGUUUUGGUUGAUUUCUGAAAUGUUUUGUAAAGUUGGUAAGUUCUGGAGACAUUUUCAAGGAAUCCUGUGAUAAGUUGCAUCAACAGAUGUAAACAUACUCUGUCAACCAUUCAAAUUAAUGGCUUUUGCCUCAAUAAACAAAUAUCCAACACUGAGGCAAGCAUGGUUUUUGUCUUGGGAACUUAUCAAAACUUGCCUGAUGAUAGAAAUCAUUAUUUUCUUACAAGUGCCAAGAAAUUGCCCCAGAGCAUCGAGCAUCAGAAGUGUGCGUGAUGGAAAAACCAGGAUGUGCUUGACUUUUUUUUUUUAAUUGAUUUUAAGACUGCAACAAAGAAAAACAUAAUUAUUUAAAGUUAUCCUCUUUGGUUGAUAAUACAUGCCUGAUAAGUACUCCAAGCAACUCAAAUCAGCAAUUUAGCGAUGAUCAAGAAUGUUUUGAAAUGUCAUUUUUUUAUAAUUGCAAAUUUAAUGAUAAUAGACAUCUUUAAAGCCAACAUGUAGAGUGAUAAAGCCACUGUCACAGUAGCCAAUAGCUUUAAAUUGGCAUAUAUUCAAUUGAGAUUCAUUGAUGGACAGUAGUUGAUUAUGAACUUGAAUAUGUACUUGCCGGAUAGUUUAUUAAAUAUUCAUUUCAGGAAUAAAAUGGAAUAUCCUCCUUUUCUAGUAUUGCUUCUGUCUACAUGGAAACAGAAUCUCGAAAAAAAUGUAUCAAAGUAUACCUUUUGUUUAUAAAUGCCUGUUCAUUUUUAAAUUAAAGUAUAAAAUUAUUUGGAUUAUUACAUGUAUUCCCAUUUCAUAAUGAUUUAUUGAACUUAUACAUUUAAUUUCCUGAUAGUAUAAUGAAAUAUUCUUUGAAAUGUGAAUUUGAAUGUAUUUUGUAUAAAAACUAUAAAAAAUAGACAAAAAAUAUGUAAAUCUGUCAACUGUUGGAUGUUGAGAAAACAAUGUGUUGUACUUCAUGAUCUUAUAUAUUUCAGCUUAAAUCAGUGUCAAUUCACAUAAAUAGAUAUUUUUAAUAAGAACUUGUAUUGAUCACCCAUCAUGUAGUGUGGGUAAUUGUGUGAUUGUAUAAAACUUACAAAAGUAGAGCAUGUUACGUAUGAAAAAGGUUUUUGGCUUGUCUUGUGAAUGAACCAACAGUAUCAUUCUUUGAAUAACCGAAGACUGUCUGACCCAGCAUCAAAGUAUUUAUGGGAUGAACCACUGACCAGCUGUACAAAAAAUAUUUACACAAGUUAAAAAUUGCCUCUUUGUUAACAUGGCAUGAUUAUCUGAUGACAGCAAGUAUGCUAUUAUUCAAAAGUCAUGAACCAUAUUCAUCAGCUGCGCGUGUUGCAUACCAGUGAUACAAGAGUUGUCUAAACUACAUUUAGCCCUACCUUGGAUGAGAAGCAAAUAACACAGACUUUCUAGCUUGAGGAUUAGAGUUAAUGCUGAGAAAAACAGAGCACCCAGAUAUAUGUAACAAUCUUGUAUACCCCAACAGUUCUCUAGAAUUUCAUGAAUUCUGAUUAUUUGAGGCAGACAAAUUAUCGCUCUUGGGAGUAUAACUCCAAGAGUCCACCUGUUGUAAACGUCUUUGGGGAUAUUUACCUUAAUACUCAAGCCUUCUGGUGUUUUUGGCCCGAACCCAAUCACUCCAUCGUCUCGAUUAAUUGAUUUUUAUUUGAACAGAGACUCAAAAUGAUGCCCCGUUGAUACAAACUGCCGUUUAUUUACUGUGCGUUUAUUAUACCCUCCACCGUUACAGUUCUCGUGAAAAAAUUGUACAAAUAUUAUUUCAGCACCCAUUUCAUACACAAAAAUAAGUUCUGUUUGUUCUAAACACACGAAGUGUUUUUUUAAUGAGAUAAUGGCACAUAUUUCACUUCUUUGUCCAGUGACCUUUACGGUCUUGGUCAAUCUAGUUUUAUUGCCCUCCCCCCAAUAUUGUAUAUUAGGGUACGCAUUAUUGGGGUAAUGUCCAGAUGUUUAUAGUCAGGUUCCUUUUAUACUUAAAACUAUGGUAAUGUCGAUACUUGACAACUGUGAAGAAUUGUAAACUUUCUUUAAAGAGACGGUAGGAUAAAGUGCAGUCCAAGUACUUCGGCUUUUUUUUUACAGAGUUGCUAUAAGCCCGUAGCUGGUGCUAUUUUGAUUUGGAAUUUGUUCAUAAAGCACCUUUGUGGCAUCAAGUGCUAUAGGGCCUACACUAUGUAUGUACUUCCACAAGUCUUUAAAUUAUUGUAAAAAUCCUGUCCUUGUAAUAUUAAUGAUAGGCGUAUAUCCAGAGUGGCUACCUCCGUGUCAUCGUCAGCCACCGAUAAAAUCUUGGCAUCCUAGUAACAUAGUGUAUAGCAGAACGUAGUUUAACUCUAUCUAUGCAUUCCAGUGUUUAUCUUAAGACUUAUCAACAUUUAGAUUUGUGAAAUUAUGAAAGGGCGGGACAACUGUAAAAUGGUUUUUAAAUUGGUUUAUAAAUCUCCGCACGAGAAACGAAACUGCACACUACCUGGAACUCAUCAGUGAAUGGUGUUGCACUUUCAAUUGGAGCUGACGAAAGGUUUAACAUUAACGUCCUUUAGUUCUGUUCAGUCAUCGUGAGUGGCAGGCAAGGUGGUAACGAGUAUUUUUUAUGUCUUAUUACUUGCAAUGUGCAGACGCUUUCUAAAACAUUGCAAGGUUUGUGAAAACUGGAUUCCUUUAAUCCUGGAAAAUUGCCGAUAAUUAGAUAUAAAUUUACAAUUGAUCAUAUGACACGGUGUUAUUCGCUGCACUCUACCACGGAUCGAGUGGCUCAGACUACCGAGAAGCACAGAGAAUUGUGCUGUACCGGACCGUGUGCCUAGGGUUGUGCUGUUCCGUAUACGUUUUAGUUGGGUUUGCGUAUGAGCCGUUCAAACAGGGUAUUCAGUUGACUUCUAUGUAUAUCUGGCCUUUAUAGUAUGAGAACAGCUGAGCUUGAUGAUGCGGCGAAUUUGAUGCUAGGAAGCCGCAGAAAUCCUAGCAGAAUUUGGUUCAUUAUUUAAAUCGUCAGAGUUUAAGAAUUUCUGUUGUUCCUUAUUCGUGACAUUAAGCACAAUACGGGUGUUAGACAGCAACCGUUAAUGACGUAGCUGGGCAUGCGUGAAAGACUUGUGCAGAGAAACAUGCGUUUGGUACUUUUACUCUGUAGUUAUUUGAUCACACACUGUAAAAUAUUUGUUCUUUAUAAUUGAAGGUACAUGUAUUCUUAUUACACCCAAAUGAUGCCAACUUUUUUUCCUUAUUAGAAGUGUCCUUGCAUUUUCAUUAAAUGUAAGUCAAAGUCAUCCUGUUCGAAAAAAGGGAACUGCUUGAGUGUGCUAUUUAAAACAGUAUUGUGUUAUUUUAUUUGAUAAGAUCAUGGAAAAUAAAAUAAAUACCGUACUUUGUAAUGCAUCAGUUCAUGCAUAACAACAAUGAAGACUAACGUUUACUUUAAAAGAAAUAGUUUCAUUCGAUCACGUGUAAUCUCUGGAAUCAAAUUUGAGCUAAAAUGUUACUGAAUAUUGUACAUUUUUGUUGGAUCGUGCUUUCCGUAUUCCGCUUUCUGGCUUUAUGUGAUACCAUUUUCACAACAUUUUGCCACAAACUCUACCAUCAAUCAGCUGACUCUCUACUGGAUGUCUUUCAGUUAAAUGUCCUACAUUUCUAUUCCCUUGUCAUGGACCUUUUUUUGUUUUCUGAGUGAUGUGACACUAGUUAUUCUGUAGCCUAUGUACACUUUGUGUCACCCAUACAGUACAGGCACGGUUUUAAGUCAGCAAUAAAUGUCAGAAGAAAUAAUCAGACACUA